AGGCGAGGAAUGUAAACAAUAGCAGAACACACCAGCAAUUUCUUAUUUAGAAAAUAUUCUUUAUAAUGGCUCUUGUUGCUUAUAGUGACGAUAGUGACUUAGGCAGUGACUCCGAAGACGGUGAAGAGCAUUUGGAAAGUUCAAUAGAGAAAGAACUUAAGCCACAAGUAACAAAUAACGGUGUCAAUGGAACACCAUUCUCCCAGGUCAAGUCUAACUCUGGCCAGCCUAACUUAGUACUAGACAGCGGGGUUGAUAGUAUAGUCGACGAGGAUGAUAAUAUUGAAGUGAAAAAAACAGGUUUAUUGGCAUCCAUACCAGCAGCCAAGCCACUUACAAGUAUAGGUGAUGGAGUUGAAAUUGGCGAGGAAGCUGAUGAGUUGACAGAUGUUCCAACUGUAGACACUUGGAAGGUUAUUCAGGAACUUAAAAGUAGCAGCAGCAGCAAUGAGAUGAACAGAUCUUCAAGUUCCACCUCAGUUUCUUCAAAGAUAAAAAAAGAGAAAAGAAAAGUACAAAUUUUUGUGCCUGCUCUCUCUGAGUUUGCAGAUGAUGAGGAUGAGGAUGAGCAGCAGGAACCUGAACGCAAGAAACUAAAACCAUCGUCAACAGGAACAGGUCUCUUCUCUUUACUGCCAGAACCCAAACAUUUAUCUGUCAAAGAAACAAAACGUUCUCUUGUACCUCACAUUCUCACUAAAAAAUCUGUACCAGUGCAAAGCCGUCCCAAACCUAAAUCACAGCCAAGAAAUACAACUACAGUUGGUGGAAAUGAUUCUGAUGAUGAAGGUAAUGCAGGACCUUCUGAUUUCUUUUCACUAUCUGAAUCUGCUUCUGAAACUGUUGCAACAAAUAAAAUUCCAGCAGCAGUUGCUAGUGUACCAGAGGUAGAUCCCAUAACUAGAAAACCGCCAGUGAUACAGACGUCUGGAGAAUGUAAGGCUUUACCUCGAGAACAUACUGUAUGUUCUGAGGACUAUUCUAAUACCCCUCAUUAUCCAUCAGUACAGUCUCAGGAAGAAGUUUAUUAUCCACCACAAGAUGUGGAGAUGUUUUCUGGAAGCCAGACUGCUAUUGAUGAUGAAGCAAUGCUUCGGCUGGCUGGUAAGCGGCGAGGCAAGGGUGAAGCCAUUAACUUUAUAGAUGUCAGUGCUGAUGAUGCUCUGCUGACACGUGAUGAAUGGAUGACCAAGGCCUUGACUGAGGAGAAACCCUGCCAUAGUUUCAGCAAGAAAAGAGAAGGACUGCCUUCACAAAAGCAAAAACAGAAACACCAGAUCACUUACCUUGCCCACCAGGCUAAAGAACGAGAGCUAGAACUGAAAAACAGUUGGGCACAAAAUCGUAUGACAAAAAUGCAGACACAAGCAAAGUAUGGGUUUUAAUGUACUGUACUGUAUUAUCUUUGUUCAGUUCAGCAUCAGUAAUUUAGCUAUGAGAGCCUCUCAUAAAUUUCUGAAGUAAAUUUUCAGUAGACUUUUUGAUGGUAAAAUACUUGGUAAUACAAUACAGUACAGGUAUUGGGUAUUUACAGUAUAUGGGUAUGUUUAAAUGUCAAUUGGAUAUUAUUCAAUAAUUACCACUAUGUUUUAAAAUCUUAUGGUUUAACUAAAUAUACUUAUGAUUGUUUAACUUUUUCAAUAUUAAUGAUUUUUUGCCCUUAUUCUUUUGAUGGGCAUUUUACCCUGCUUUACAGUAUUUGUAUUAUAUAUUAUCCUUAUUACAAACUAGACAUUUGAUACCUAAGUUUUCUUUCAUAUUGGGACAGUUCAGAUUACAAAAUUGAAUGUGUAGCACUGGAUCUCAUUCUUAUGUUUUGUAAAAUCUCUCUCUCUUUUUAAGAAGUACAGUAUUGUACAAUACAGUAUCAAGUUUUCUUGCAAUACAGUAUAUGUACAGUAAUGUAUUAUAGGAUCUUCAGGGUUUGUUUUGUGAGAUGUUAAAUAUUUGAAAUGAGAUGCAAUAAUUUUAAGAAGUGUUAUUAGCAUUGUAUGUUUUUGUUUCCUCGGUAGUCAGAAAACAUACUUUUAACAUAUGCCAAGAGAUUUUACUUGUUGCAAUGUGUAAAACAUAUCAAUCGCCAUGAGGUGACUACUAGAUAUCUAACUUCUCAAAUUUUAAAUCCUAUUCACAAUGUUGCUUUCAGUUUUAUAAAAACUCAGCCAAGGAUGAACUUGCUGGUAAUUUACAUCUUUACACAAAUUUAUUCUGAAAAUUUUCAUAUUGACCUUCCAGUCUCAGUUUGGUGUUCAUGUAUACCUGCUCCCAUUCAUGCCUCCCCUUAUUUUAUAUAAUAAUGUUUUCAGUGUCUAUAGUACUACAGCUGGAGGAAUAGAAUAAUGGAGGCACUUGUAUUCUCUAAACCAUAGUGCACACAACUUAAGACAUUAACUUGUGGCUCAUGAUCCUGCCGUGACUCUCAAACCUCUGGUCUCUUAUAUGAUGUUUUAAGUACAGUACUGUACACUAUAUACAGUAUUUGUAUCUGCAGAUGGAAUGUGCAAAAAGAAAUAUUGGCAUGUUCCCGAUAAAAAAAGAGGUAAAUCCUUUAUUUCUUUUUAAUUAAAAAAGUCAAGGAUCGUGGAUUAACCUGAGUGAUCUCAGACAAAAACUGAAGGUUGAGUGUUGCCAAGUUUAUAUUAUACAGUAUAUUUAUUUUUCUAAUCAACUGUAAUCUUUUCAAAGUCUUUUAGCCAUGCUACACAAAUAUUGGGUUCAUUGUAAUAAAAUGAGUUUCAAUUG